GCAUACGGGAGGCUCAGAGCGCGGCGCGCCGAGCGGGACAAGCAGGCGGGCGGGCUGCUGCCUGGCGUCGGGCGGGCUGCUGCCUGGCGUCCGCCGCGCUGUUCUCCUUCCUCCGCUCCCUCCGCUCCCUCCGCCCCCUCCGCCCCUCCGCUGGCGGCCGCGCAGCCUAGAGCCCGGGAAGCCGCGGCUCCGAGCCCGCAGCUCCGGCGUGGGGACCAGCACCGAGGAGGGGGCGGUGGGAGCUCUGAGACCACAGUCGCCACGGAGAGGCGGAGGGGGGCCCGGCCUGGGUAGGCAGAGCCGAGCGCGUAUUUCCGCGUGAGAGCGAGGGCUGCGCGGUGUUCGGUGCGGACACCGCCAGCCCCAGCCCUGAUCGCCGCAGCCCGGGAGCCUCCCGCCUGCGCCCCAGGGCGCGCGCGGAACAGCCAUGAACACCAACGAAGCCAAGGAGUAUCUGGCCCGGAGGGAAAUCCCGCAGCUUUUCGAGAGCCUUUUGAAUGGACUGAUGUGUUCUAAGCCUGAAGACCCAGUAGAGUACUUGGAAAGUUGUUUACAGAAAGUAAAGGAACUAGGCGGCUGUGACAAGGUGAAGUGGGAUUCAUUUGUAAGCCAGGAGAAGAAGACCUUACCUCCGCUCAAUGGAGGGCAGUCACGGAGAUCCUUUCUAAGAAAUGUAAUGCCUGAAAAUUCAAACUUUCCUUAUCGACGGUAUGAUCGGCUCCCUCCAAUCCAUCAAUUCUCCAUAGAAAGUGACACAGACCUCUCAGAGACUGCGGAGUUAAUUGAGGAGUAUGAGGUCUUUGAUCCUACUAGACCUCGACCAAAAAUCAUUCUUGUCAUAGGUGGUCCCGGAAGUGGAAAGGGUACUCAGAGUUUGAAAAUCGCUGAACGUUAUGGAUUUCAAUACAUUUCUGUGGGAGAAUUAUUAAGGAAGAAGAUCCACAGUGCCAGCAGCAAUAGGAAAUGGAGUCUUAUUGCCAAAAUAAUUACCACUGGAGAAUUGGCCCCUCAGGAAACAACAAUUACAGAGAUAAAACAAAAAUUGAUGCAAAUGCCUGAGGAAUUGGGCAUUGUUAUCGAUGGAUUUCCCAGAGAUGUUGCCCAGGCUCUAUCUUUUGAGGACCAAAUCUGUACUCCUGACUUGGUGGUGUUCCUGGCCUGUACCAAUCAGAGGCUCAAAGAAAGAUUACUGAGGCGCGCAGAGCAACAGGGGCGGCCUGAUGACAAUUUGAAAGCUACCCAAAGGAGACUAAUGAACUUCAAGCAGAACGCUGCUCCAUUGGUUAAAUACUUCCAGGAAAAGGGGCUCAUCAUGACAUUUGAUGCCGACCGAGACGAGGAUGAGGUGUUCUAUGACAUCAGCAUGGCAGUUGACAGCAAGUUAUUUCCAAACAAAGAGGCUGCAGCAGGUUCAAGUGACCUUGAUCCUUCGAUGCUGUUGGACACUGGAGAGAUCACUGAUACAGGAUCUGAUUAUGAAGAUCAGGGUGAUGACCAGUUAAAUGUGUUUGAAGAAGACACCAUAGGAGGUUUCACGGAAGAUUUGAGAAAGUGUAAAAUUAUUUUCCUGAUUGGUGGCCCAGGCUCUGGCAAACGCACACAGUGUGAAAAGCUGGUGGAAAAAUAUGGAUUUACACAUCUCUCGACUGGCAAGCUCCUGCGGAACGAGCUGUCAUCAGAAUCUGAAAGAAGCAAAUUGAUCAGAAACAUCAUGGAACGUGGAGAGCUGGUGCCCUCAGGCAUCGUUCUGGAGCUCCUGAAGGAGGCCAUGGUGGCCAACCUCAGAAACACCAAGGGUUUCCUGAUUGAUGGCUAUCCUCAGGAAGUGAAGCAAGGGGAAGAGUUCGGACGUAGGAUUGGAGACCCUCACCUGGUGAUCUGUAUGGACUGCUCGGCAGACACCAUGACCAACCGCCUUCUCCAGAGGAGUGGGGGCAGCCCGCACGCGGACGACAGAAUCGCUAUCACCAAGCGCCUUGAGACCUACUACCGGGCCUCCAUCCCCAUGGUCGCCUACUAUGAGACAAAAACACAGCUACGUAAGAUAAAUGCAGAGGGGACGCCAGAGGAAGUUUUUCUUCAACUCUGCACAGCUAUUGACUCUAUUUUCUGAAGGCAAAAAUGCAUGUAUGUUAAGGAGAGUGGAGACAGAGAAAAAUAUUAAAAGUUCAUCCCUUAACACUGUAUGUUUCCAUUUAAACCUUUUGUAUGCCCCCCACCCCCAAAUCCUGACAUUGCUGUCUGCUUCCCAGCUUGACCUGAGAGGUGUCUGGAAAUCAUGCAUGGUGUAUUUGGUAUUAUCCAACCUUUUCCUCCUAAGUCAGACAGCUGUCUGCACUCACAGCAGCACACUUUUCUAUCACCUCUGAGCUAAAUAAGUACAUGAACAGCAGUGCAGUGCCCAUCUGUGUCAGUUGUGCCUUCAGGACUUACUAGGGUCUGAUCAUUCGGUUCUACUCUCUGCAGAUAGGGAGGAGUUAGCAUCCCUAACGCCCUGUCACAUCUUCCUUCCUCUUCUGAAGAUCUAUCUCUUGUUACCUGAUUAAGGCCCUUAAGAUGGGGGGCAGGCCUGAGCCUCUUCCUCUGGACGUUUCCUCAAGUCUCAUCCAGCUCAGAGCUGAAGAGACUAGGUUGACGAGACAACACAAAUUGUUCAUAAGAAAUUUGAUUAAAUUUGAAAAAAUGUGAUAAGAGCUUUUUUGUAUGUGAAAUUGUAUAGCUUUUCCAAGAUAGCAAAAUCUAGACUAGUCACCGGUAACAUUUCUCUGUUCAUUUCUAUGAUACUGGCUACUUGGAAUAGUGUUGUAUUGGCUAAGUGAACAAAUUGGAUAAAUUAUCUAAUAACCUAGUCUCUUCUAUACCUGGAGGUGCAUUUGGGGAAUUAUACGUUAAAACCAAUGACCAAACAGAAUUUAAAAGCAUGCGGUGGUUUGGUAUCACAUUCACUGGACUAAUGUCAACUUAUGGCUUUGGUUUUAAAUGAUUAUCUAGUUACCAAGCAAGUAAGAAAUAUAGUAACAAGACUGACGUGGGUGGAAAGGGCAUGUCAGUACACCAUGUUUAACAGAUACCAAUGCUGUAUUUGUUCCAUACAGGCCUUUUCCAGGGGUUUGCAAACCUUUUAUCCGUAUGUAAAAUUGUGUUUCCUCAAACCAAACUGGUGAAGUUUGGUUUCUCUUUUGUGCUAUCAGUUGCCAAAUAAGAGUUUCUUAUAUAUUCUACUGGAAUAACUGCAUCUUCCAUUCAGUCACUAGAAAAGACCAUAGUUUCCGUUUGCAUGAUUUUUUUUUUCUUCAAUGGUUGUGCAGAUAAGGAUCCAUUUCUGGGACAGAACUGUAUUUUUAAAAUCUUUUUUUUUUCUUGAAAUGGAUAUGUAUAAAUAAAGUAAAUGGAACACAGGAUAA